CUCCUACCCCUGUGUUUAUUUGGUUUUUGAUUGUAUAUAUUUAAGGCGUACAGCGUGGUAUUUUGAUAUCAUAGUGAAAUGGUUGCUGUAGUCAGGCCAAUUGAUGCACCUAUCGUCUCACAUAAUUACCCUUCUUUUGCAUGUGAUAAGAGCACCUAAAAUCUACCCUGUUAGCAAAUUUCCAGUGUACAAUAUAACUGUAGUUCUCAUGUUGUACAUGAGAUCUUUAGAUUUAGUCAUCCUGAAUAUCUGCAACUUUGUACCUUUGAUGUAUAUCUCCCCCUUUCCUACCUUCCUACCGCAUGGUGACCUCCACUUUAUUCUCUCUUUCUACGUAUUCAACGUUUUUUUAAUUAGAUCGUCCAUAUGAGUGAGAUGAUGCAGCAUUUGUCUUCUGUGCCUGGCUUAUUUCACAUAGCAUAAUGUCCUUCAGGUCCAGCCACACUGCAGCCUGUGACAGGAUUUUCUUCUUUGUAAAGGCUGAGUAAUCUCCACUUGUGUGUAGCAUCAUUUCUUUGGCCAUUUUUUUGCUGAUGGACACUUAGAUUGUUUCCGUGUCUUGGUUAUUGUGUGUGAUGUGGCAGUGGACAUGGGUGUGUCAGGUGGUGGACAUACAGUCUGGAUAUAUAGUUGAAAGGGAUGAAUUGGCUAGCUCUUACGGCAGUUCUACUUUAAAAUUUUUGAGGGACCUUCCUACUGUUUUCCUUACGGCUACACCAAUUUACAUUCCCACUAACAGUGCACAAGAGUUCUUUUUCCUUGCCCUCCCCAAGACUUGUCCUUCUGAUAAUGGUCAUCCUAGCAAGUGUGAGGAAAUAUCACCUUUUCAUAUAUCUGUUGGUCAUUUUUAUAUCUUUGGAAAAAUGUCUAUUCAUGUCCUUUGAUCACUUUUUACUCAGGAUUUUGUGUGGGGUUUUUUUGUUUCUUUUUUUUUGCUAUUGAGUUGUGCAAGUUCCUUAUAAAUCUCAGAUAUUAACCCAUUAAUUUUCUGUUUUUAAAAAAACAUGAGUUUCUGGUCAUGAGUGGGUUUGUCCGUGUUAGCCCAUGAUUUCCAAGUUUUCCGCUAUGGUCAUUGUCACCAAAUUGGUGUGAGAAACAGAUUUACUUAUUAAGAAAGAAUUACUUCUUUAAACUACUUAGAAUCCAGAGGCAUAAACGUGUGUCCUGGAAAACUUGAGGACUUUAAGACCCCUUUAGGAACUUUACUAAGGGUGGCGCGGUACCUCCCAGAUGACCUGCUUGAUUAACGUCUUUGCCGUUUGCUCCGCAGCAUCCGAGGCCGGCACCUCUCUCCUCCAGUGGAGCCCAUGACUUCUGACCAGGACGCUAAAGUUGUGGCUGAACCGCAGGCGCAGAGAGUCCAGGAGGGCAAGGACAGCGCUCGUCUGGUGGGUCCCUGGACGGGGGCUGGGGGGCCGGAGUCUCCCGUGCUUGCGAUGCAGGGCUCUGCAGUGGACUCGGGGACAUCAGAGCAAUACAUGGGCUGUUGCUUCAGCAAAGAGUCAAGCAGCGACAAUGAUGAUGAAAAAGCUGGCCUGUUACAAAAAUCUGUGGAGGAGAAGGAACGGGAGAACAGGAUAAGUAAAACUUUGUCUUCAUUAUUUAAUCCCCUUGGAGGCGAGGAGCCCCACCAUGUCGACAGUGGUGCCAGCAGGGCGGCUGGGGGCCCCGGGGCGUGGCCUGGAGCCCGGGCGAGGCCUGCGUGCUGGCAGGGGCAUGGACCAGCGCAGGCUCUGAGCUCUGUCUCCUUCCUGACGUGUAAGUCCUUAACGAAGUACGAAACCUUAGGUGAGAGUGGCAAGAAUUCAGGUGCUGUUACUGAGCAGGACUCUGAGAGUGCAUGUGACUUGCCGUGUGUGGGGGACGGUCCCCUCUGCCGUGUGCCGGUGCGUUCUGACCAGGGCCUACAGGGAGAAGCUUGCGUGAGUGGCCAUUGCCCGGCUGCUUGUGAAACCUCUUUAACAGAGAGAGAAAUAGGGGUCAGCGCUCAAAUCAGCAGCAGUCGCAGUGGGAGUGACCCUUUAGCCAUCUCUGCCAGGGAGAAGAAAGAUGGAAACCCUGUUUCUGUCGGUGACCGGCAGCGCGAGGAUUCACGAGAGCGAGUGUUGUACAGCAUCUGUGCUGUCGGCCCUGACUGCCUGCCCCCGUGGAGGGAGCAGGGCACCCCCCUGGACCAGGCAGCUGCCGGGGGCAAGCGUCGCUCAGCUGUCCCUUCCCAGGGGACUUGGAAAGCUGACUGGCCUCCGGGUAGCGAGGAAGAGUGUCCAGUUUCGCACGCCACCCUCGGGGCAGGAGGGUCAGAACCACCUCGGGAAGAGCUCUCACACCAGGACACGCUGGGUCCAGAUGAAAGGAGGGGAGUGUCCAGUGAGAAAACCAAGCCUAGUUCUGAGCUUCUGACGGACACCCACGCACCUGGUGGUGAAGCAGACGUUGGUGACAGGCCAGCCGAGGCCUCAAGGGCAAAAGCUUGCACUGGAUUCCCUAAAGAUCACGCAGAAAGUCGUAUGUUACAUAAUGUUGUUGGCCCACGUCCUGGAUCAAAUAGUAACACGCUCGGUGACUCACCAAAAUGCACGUGUGCCCUCCCCGAAGACAGAGAGAGCCACAGUUCAGGAAUAGGAAGUCAGGUGGGUGACUCACCUCUUAGCUUUCUCAGCAACACUUCCUGUGUUGGAGGGAGUGGUGGACCUGGGGCGGUGACAGCUGGUGUCGACCAGCACUCGCACUCUGAGAAGGGAGGAGACGGCAGCUCUGUGAAACCUCCGCACGACAAUGACUGUUUCCAUUUGGAUGUGAGCGGAUCAGAGAGUGUCCUUUCCGUCGGUCUAGACAGAAUUAACUUAAGUCCCAUGAGGUUUACCACUUCCGUGAACUGUGGACGUGAGCGUCUCUCAGUUCGUGCCAACUUCAGAGAAGCAGCCCCCAGUGGACUCUCGGGCCCCGAGCCUGAGCACCUCCUGAGGCCAGCGCUGAGGGAGGGGCCGGGCCCAGGGGACGGUGGCCUGGAGGCCAGAACUCCGCCGGCAGGCAGAGGAGAGCUGCCUCUGCAUUCUGGAGAUGGUGCCUCUCGUUCCCAGGAGGGCAGGACUGUCCUGGAGGCCGCGGGCCACGGUGGGCGGGCUUCUGAGGUGCAGUCUUGGGGUCAGGGUCUGGUAGGGGUGUGUGCGGGCCGCGGGAAAGGGGAGGCUCUAGCCUGCAUCUCAGGACUCAUGGGGUGUGUCCAGGGGGGAGGCAGCCCCAGACGCAGAAGAGCACAAGGAGCGCCCCCACACAGAGUCUCCCCGGGUCAGUGCAGACCUGCUCCGGGAGACCACGUGUCCUCCGUGUGUGUGUUCACCCGUGCAGGUGAGGGAGGGAGAGAAGCGGGCCUGGAGGGUAACACAGAGAGUGAGGUACGUGUGCAGAGUCCAGUUAGGGUCUCCCACGACCAGCCGAGCGACUCCCACAGGUUAGAAAAUGCUGGAAAAGAAUCACUAAGAGCUGAUCAUAGUGAGAGAAGUGAAGGUGACAUAGCAAACGUCAAGUCAGAUUCUAACACAACCUUUGAGUGGGAAACAGGCAUGCUAGGACUUAGCAGGGCAGUGCCCGGUGAGGAUGCACUGGCUGACAUGAGUUCCGGCUUAACAGACAACCCUGACUUUGAGACUGAUCUAAUGGAAACAAGCCAGGAGACCCACAGGGUGAAUGACUGCACGUGUGAAGAUCUCAGUGCUGUCCUGCAUUUAAGCCAGAGCUCAGAUUCAGCCAAACAGGAGUCGGGAGUGGCGGAGAGGAAGCCUGUUAAUAGUGGCGAAGGCCCGGACCUGAGGCACAUUGACUCCGAAUCACCUGAAGAAGUUUCUGGUGCCUUUGGAAAUCACGUGUCGGGGUUGAGUACACUAAAACUAACGUGUAAAAACCAGGAUAGACUUCAUUUGGAGAAAGACAACAUCGAUCCUGUCAUUACUGACUGCCUGGGCUCACCUGGAGCAGACGAACGUGCCUGCCGCUCUGAAGAAGGACAUGCCCAGCCCACCAUCAAAGAGUCUGCUCUACGCAGUGAGUUGGACUUUGUGGGAAAUUCGAGGAUAAUCUUUGGAAGCGUGGAGUUACAUGGCACGUGUUCCUGUUCAGCUGGUGUCGAGCCCACCCAAGCGGACAGGUGUGCAGCUUGCAGGACACCUCAGGUGGUUCCUGGCGUCACAGCUGACAGCAAAGGAACUGCAGUACCAAGUAGCGACUGUGUGUUAUCACUCACAGAAGGCAUCUUAAAUGUGUCUGAAAAUCCCUCAGAAGUGAACUGGCAGAGUUUCCCAGAAGAAUUCUCCCACUUUUUGAACGGACUUUCCUUUUACCCAGCGGGAGGAUUGGCAAACCAGGUAUUUUCUGAACAGCUGGCGGAUGGCUGUGGCGGGUGCCCCAUGGACUACCUCUGGACGGACGCGGCCACGGAAGGGCUGCUGGAGGAUGGGCGGAGGUCUGUGGAGGCUGCACUCGGCCAGCCGUGGGCCUGGGCCACCACCCCGUUCCUGCUGGAGAAGAGCCCCGAGGAGCCACCAGAGUCAGAGGAUGGCAUGGUCUGGGGCUGGCAGAGCGGAGGUGGACAGCUAGUGCCAGCCAAGGUUUCAGAGCUCAACCCUAACGCGAAAGUAUGGGGGACCCACGUGCUACCCGUGGCAGCGAGUAGCGUGGCGGAUGGCGUGAGCGCUGCGUGGGAGGACCGCGGCCCGCAGGGGUUGGACGCCAGCUGCGAUGGUGACAAAGGCCAUGAGGAUGUGGCGGCGCAGGAGUUGGAGCAGACAGACAUGAGCACGCUGGCUCUGGGUCCCUCGGAGUGCGAGUCUGCGCCUGAGAGCAGCGAGGCCGGAGGAAAUGAGUCUCAUCCAGAAAGCCAGGAAGACCCCCGAGAAGUUCUUAAGAAAACAUUGGAAUUCUGCUUGUCUAGGGAGAACCUUGCUAGUGAUAUGUAUCUUAUAUCCCAGAUGGACAGCGAUCAGUACGUGCCCAUUAAGACGGUGGCUAACCUUGACCACAUCAAGAAACUCAGCACUGAUGUGGAUUUAAUUGUCGAAGUGCUAAGAUCUUUACCCUUAGUCCAAGUGGAUGAGAAGGGAGAGAAAGUACGGCCAAAUCAGAACCGCUGCAUCGUGAUUCUGCGUGAAGUAUCUGAGUCUACCCCUGUGGAAGAAGUAGAAGCACUAUUUAAAGGAGAUAACUUACCGAAAUUUAUAAACUGUGAAUUUGCCUAUAACGACAAUUGGUUCAUCACAUUUGAGACAGAAGCUGAUGCACAACAGGCUUACAAAUACCUUCGAGAAGAAGUUAAAACUUUUCAAGGAAAGCCAAUCAAGGCGCGGAUAAAAGCAAAGGCAAUAGCUAUAAACACAUUUUUGCCAAAGAAUGGAUUCCGGCCUCUGGACAUGAACCUCUACAUGCAGCAGCGCUACACGGCGUCCUUCUACUUACCUCCGGUGUACAGCCCCCAGCAGCAGUUCCCCCUGUACGGCCUCAUCGCACCCCAGACCUGGUCGGCCACGCACAGCUAUCUUGACCCACCCUUGGUGACUCCAUUUCCAAAUACUGGAUUCUUAAACGGGUUUACGUCUCCAACGUUCAAACCUGCGGCGUCUCCGCUGACUUCACUCAGACAGUAUCCUCCCAGAAGCAGGAAUCCCAGUAAAUCUCAUCUGCGCCACACGAUUCCCAGUGCAGAAAGAGGACCGGGGUUGUUAGAAAGCCCUUCAAUAUUUAACUUCACUGCGGAUCGGUUAAUUAACGGUGUGCGGAGCCCACAGACGAGGCAAGCAGGUCAAGCCAGAGCGCGGGUGCAGAACCCUUCCACGUACGCCAAGAGAGAGGCUGGCACCGGGCGCGUGGAGCCCAGCAGCCUCGAGUCCUCGCCCGGUUUAGGGCGGGGAAGGAAAAAUUCCUUUGGCUAUCGGAAGAAAAGAGAGGAGAAGUUUACAAACAGCCAGACGCAGUCUCCAACGCCACCAAAGCCUCCGUCACCGAGCUUCGAGCUGGGGCUGUCCAACUUCCCCCCGCUGCCUGGAGCUGCCGGCAACUUGAAGACAGAGGACCUGUUUGAAAACAGGCUAUCUGGCUUGAUAGUAGGAUCAGCAAAAGAAAGGAGCCUCGGUGCAGACGCGAGUUCGAACGCUGUCCCCGUCGCUGUCCCCAGAGAGCCCCUGGCGCCAGCCUCCUGUGCUGCGUCCGCAGCGUACGAGCGACCCCCCUCCCCGGCCUGCCUGCACGAGGACCCCAAGGCAGCGGAAAAGCAGCGGGAAGCCCACGGCGGGGACAGGCUCCCCUCAGCCCUCGCCACAACCGCGUGCAAGUCAGUGCAGGUGAAUGGAGCCGCCACGGAGCUGCGGAAGCCCAGCUACGCAGAGAUCUGUCAGAGAACGAGUAAAGAGCCCCCCUCCUCCCCGCUGCCACCCCCGAGAGAACACAAGGCGAGCGCCGCCGGUUGCGGGAAGGAGGAGAAGCAGCCCGCGGAGCCCGUGGACAGACACCGGGAGCCCCCCGCCCUCAAGUCCACGCCGGGAGCCCCCAGAGACCAGAGGCGGCAGCCUGGGCGCCGGCCCUCGCCCCCCGCCCUGGGGAAGCGCCUCAGCAGGGAACAGAGCACGCCCCCCAAGUCUCCGCAGUGAGAGCCGCAGGUCCGGGGGCGCGGAGAGCUGCGGUCACCACACGAGACACUCUUCCCACUCAGUGCGGGGAUGAGUUGCUGGUUAGGGGCUUGCAGUGUGUGAGGCCGGCGGGGUCCUGCAGGUGGUUUUUCUUCUGCGAGUCGGAUUGUCCCCUCUAGGAAAAAAGAAAUCUAUUUUUCAGGAUUUAAUUAAUAUAAACCUUAUUUUAGGUUGGUGCUUAACUGGAGGUGAUGCAUAAGUCAGAAUUUUUUUUUUCCAGGAUAGAGAAUGCAUUUAUCCUGACAAAUUGAUGUUUUUUUAUUAAGCCUCCACGUGGCUCUGAAUGCAAGCUAUACAUAGUGAGUUUUUCUAAAUUAAGGAGCGAUGAUGCUACUUCUCUUUUCAGUACCUGGUCUGCUAGUGCAUACGCGUGGGAAGCCCCAGCAGGAGGGGAGGGCCGAUGGCUCCGGCAGAGGCAGGCGUGGCCCGAGGCGGAGGGGCUGGCGGCCUCAGGGCCCCGGCACGGAAAAACCGCAGUGGGGACUCUGGCAUUUACAGACGCAGAGUCCCUUUUUUGAUCUAGUGGCAGAAUGAACCUGCAGAGAGCACCUAGGGAGACCCGAGACCUUUGAGUCUGAUGUACUGCAAGCAAGUAACCAGCUUCUCACCCCAGUUCCAAGUGGCUAUUAUGUAAAAUAAAUUCAAAGCACAUUGUGAAUAGAACCUCAGUGAACACACAGACUCUGUUGCCCACUGACACAUCACCAGAAGUUGUCCCACGAUGUCGUGCUGAUCCCCGUGAGCUCCCGUGGAGACGCCUGCUCCGUGCACAUGUUCGUCCGUGUCCCCCCCUCCCGCGCCCCCCUGGCACCUGGUUGGAGAGAGUCCGCGUCCCGGCCAGCUCCGCGUGGACGUCUUCCGGUACCUCUGCGUCGGCGUGCGGUCCACAGUCACGUGAUUGUGCGGGAAGGGUGUCUCGGUUGCCCUGUCUGGCAGGUGGAGGACGAGGAUCCCCGCUCUCUCACCUCCAGGACGAGGGCUCGUGGAUUCACUUCUGGAAGUGCCGCACUUCUGAAGAACAAGGAUGCACUAAAGUUAGCGAGUUUAUAAUAAAGUUAAAUAUAAAUUAUUUUGUUUUAAAAUGCCUAAAAUUCUUCUUUAAGUAUUCUAAGCAGCAAACAUUAAAGUUAAGAAUAUUUCCUGCUAAAUGUAACCAUACAGUUUAUUCCACAAGAUGUUAUUUAACAAAGAGACUGAGGGGUUUUUUUAAGAAAAGAAUUAUUUCCAUCCAAUAUUUAAAGACUUGAAUUUUAUUUAAACUUGAAAAUGACUUUGCCUUAACUUUUGUAUGUGACAGCCUCGCGCUCGCGGAGCCUGGCCCGGGUCGGCGCGGCCAGGCCAGCUGCUCGGUCCGUGUGGGUCUGUCGCCGGUUUCGCUGAGUGGGCGUCUGUAGCGUAAGGACUAGCCGUUGUUUGUACCAUACCGUGGAGAUCUCACACAGCUGACCUUUUUUCAGAUGGUCGGAGAAUCCUGUAAAUGCGAUUAGUCGAUACUGUAUUAAAUAUGUGCACUUGGGCGUGUGCUUUGCUUGUACAGUUGUAAAUAAUCAGAACAUAUUAAAAAAAGGUACCCUACAGAGAAAAAUCUGAUAAAAAUUAUUGAUAUAUUAUAAAUGUUGCUGUUGAGCUGGAUGUAGAUAAACUAAAUGUUGUGGUUUGAAUAUUAUUUUAAUUUGUUGAGAUUUUUUUUUUUCUUUUUCUCUUAUACUGGUGUGUUGAACUGAGGCUGGCUGUUUGCUGCAAAAGGGAAAUGGAAAGUCUCACUGAAAGCCUUCAGAUGUCUCCAUGCGCUUUUUAAAAGUAUGUAAAUGCAUACUAGUCACACAUAACGUGAAAGGGUUUUUUGAAGCAAAAUCUAGAAAGCAAAAACUGGCAGGAUCUUCAACUGAAGGUAAAAAAAAGUCAUCUACUAAUUAAAGUCGAAAGUGGCCAAGCAUGGUUCACCCUGCAGAGGAAAACACGCCGAUACAUUUGACCAUUUCCUUCCUGUCCUUUGCCAUCAGUCAGACACACAGGGACGCACACGCUGCUGGCUGUUUUCAAAUGCCUGUUAGAGGAAUUCGGGGAUUUCUUUCUUUCUAGUUGUCAGAUCACUGGCCAAAAAAAAAAAAAAAAAAAAUCAGAAAUAAUUGACCUCUGAACCCCAAACUAACAGUCAAAGCAGGGAAGGUGACUGAGGCCCAGGCCCUCUGUGGCAUGGCUUUGCUGGGGACGGCCGGGCACUGUCGGCCCGCGCUCGAUCCCAAACCGGGGCGCCCGCCCACCCGCCAAGCAAGGCCUCGGUCUUUGAUAACGAGCAGCCUCUCCCCCAGAGGCGAGCGCAGGGCAGCACGGGGUGCGAGGUCAGAGCCGCGUGGGCACCACGGCCACCUGCAGGAGCGCAGGGCAGGCUUGGCGGCGGUUGUCUCGGGCCACGCUGCGGUCACCGCCCAGCCAGCGACAGCCUGCUGCCCCAAGCGCUGCGGCCCUGCUUGGAUGUGAUUUUUACAGCAUUCUUUUUAAUUAAGCAAAGGUGACAUGCCAAAUAGCUGUGUAAUGUCAGAAAGACCUUUCUGAUCUCGCUGAGAUUCUCCGCUCAGAAGAGAGCAGGAGUUGUCACAUGGGAAGUGCGGUGGCGGCAGCAGCAGGCUUCGCCAGGGCGACAGUGGCUCUCGCACGUUUUUUUUGUUUGUUUUUUAAGUUAACUCUUCCCUGUCCCCCAGCCAUGACCAAUGACAUCUUGAAAUCAUAAAUUCGUGUGAUGAUUCUUACCAUGUGGAGAGAGAGGCAGAAAAGUCUGGCCCUGCUGCUCCAGGCAGGAAUUCCAGGGGAGGAGCCACUCUCCCGGGCCACUGUCCUGGGUGUCAGGGUCCCUGCCAGCGGGCGGCAGAACAUGCCUCCUCACGCUGCUGUCCAGUCAGGAUUUCUGCGGGUCUGUCUAAAAGCUGGGUCGGUGCGUCCAGGCGACAGGUCGUGGGUGGCGCACGCCUGUCCGGGUGUGCCCCUCCGGCAAGCCUCGGGGGUGGCCGUGUGCUCAGCGCCGUGGCGGCGCAGACUGACCGCACACAGCAGCCGCCAGGUCGUGAGCGGGAGUGUGAUGUGAUGUGGGCGCAUCCCGAGGGUUUUUGUCUUUGUUCUACUUUUCUUUCAUUGAGACUGGAAUCAAGCUUACAUGUAAACUAUUGGUAAUUUAAGUUUCCUUUUGUGUCAUUCGGUGUAAAAAUGUCUAAUUUGAAAAAAAAAAAGUGUAGGUUAUGAAAAAUAAAGAUUUAGGCACUGUUCAA